AUGUUCUGUCGAAAGGACUUCAACGAACAUCAACAACAACUCUCAACACAACUCGACAUCAUCGUUCGAGAGCACGACUCUGUCAAACAAAGCAUCCACCAGACGUGUGAUGCCAUCACUUUAAAGGUGUUCGAUGAGAUUGAGAAGUGGGAGACAGAGUGGAUGAAGAAGGUGAAGAUGGCUGCUGAUCGUGCACGAGAAGAAGUACUUGACAUUGUUUCUGAGCCGAAGAAGCAGCUGAAACGAAUCACAGAUGAGAUUCGACCCAGAAUGGAAGAAGAGGACUAUGUGGAGUACGAUCUCGAUCGAUGGAUGAAUGAAAUAAAGCAGGUGAAUGCCGAUAUGAAGGCCAUGACAUCGACAACCGUGAUCGAAAGUGGUGAUGAGUGUGAGUGGAAGGAAAUGAUUAAAGGUAAUGGACCAGUUGUUGAGAAGUGGGAUAUGAGUGGAGAAUGGAAAAUGAUGAGACGAUGGCGACCACCUGUGUUAUGUCAACAGAAUGAGGAGAUUGCAGAUAUUCGAUUUUCCUGUGACGGCAGUUAUAUAGGUGUAACACGUAAACUACCACUAAUAACCUCAGAAAUAGACACGAAUGUAGCGGAGACAUGGUAAUGCUACGUAUUUCUUGCUUCUUUGAUUAAAAAAAAUUUAAGAUUAAUAUUAUGUGAAGGAAAAUCGAACGAAUGAUAUAUGAAAUAAUGAUGACAUACAUGUGGUUCGAGUGUCUGAGAAGAAAUGCUAUAGUAAUGCCAGGCAGCAGAUUAGUCGUUUGUUCGUCUCUUUCUUUCGUCCUUCUUCUAUUGUUUUAUUCAUUAUCUCUGUUUUUCUUUUCUCUUCAGUGUGUGUACCUUUGACCUCAUACAUAUAUUGAUAUAUAUAGGCAUCCUUUUUCUCUUGGGAAGGGUCGUUUUUUUGAUUGAAAAUAAAGUAGGAGAAGGGC